CGUAUGGGCUUACGCAUGCCUUCCGGCCCCGGCCUCUUUCCACUGAAGCGAAGCAGCCUCCUUCCGUUCUUCUCUUGUAGUCGUCGUCGUCGUCCUCCCCUCUUCUUGGCGCGGAGUGGAGACUGGAGAUCCAUCCGGACUCAAUCGCUUCCUUCUUUUGCUGGCCUGAUGGGGAGCAGAGACGGCGGUGGUCGCUGCAUAGAAGGCGGCCAGGGCUACGCCGCUGACAUCGAUUCCAUCAGGGAGGCGCAGGCCCGCAUUGCUCCGUACGUGCACAAGACGCCCGUUCUAUCGUCGACAUCUAUCGAUGCCAUAGUGGGGAAGCAGCUGUUCUUUAAGUGCGAGUGCUUCCAGAAGGCAGGCGCAUUCAAGAUCCGAGGGGCUUCGAAUUCGAUAUUUGCGCUUGAUGACAAGCAGGCGUCGAAGGGCGUUGUGACACAUAGCAGUGGGAACCAUGCGGCUGCUGUGGCUUUGGCUGCAAAGCUGCGUGGUAUACCUGCACACAUUGUCAUACCAAAGAAUGCACCAGCAUGUAAGGUCAACAAUGUUAAGCGGUAUGGUGGUCAUAUUAUCUGGAGUGAUAUGAGCAUUGAAUCGAGACAAUCUGUUUGUAAAAGAAUCCAGGAGGAGACUGGCGCUGUUCUUAUUCAUCCGUUCAAUGAUAAGUACACUAUCAGUGGUCAGGGUACAGUGUCUCUAGAACUUUUGGAGCAAGUCCCUGAAAUUGACACAAUAAUUGUUCCCAUUAGUGGUGGUGGUUUAAUUUCUGGUGUGGCCCUUGCUGCAAAGGCCAUAAACCCUUCAAUACGUAUUCUGGCAGCAGAACCCAAAGGUGCUGAUGAUUCUGCUCAGUCCAAGGCUGCUGGAAAGAUCAUCACACUGCCUUCGACAAACACCAUUGCUGAUGGACUACGAGCUUUUCUUGGUGACUUAACAUGGCCAGUGGUGCGUGACUUGGUGGAUGAUAUCAUCGUUGUGGAUGACGAUGCCAUUGUGGACGCCAUGAAAAUGUGCUACGAGAUCCUGAAGAUGGCUGUGGAGCCUAGUGGUGCAAUUGGCCUCGCCGCAGCCCUGUCCGACGAGUUCAAGCAAAGCUGUGCUUGGCAUGAGAGCAGCAAAAUAGGGAUCAUUGUUUCGGGAGGCAAUGUUGACCUCGGUGUUCUUUGGGAGUCGCUCUAUAAACGGUGACUGGAGUUGGACGGUUGAAACUCGUACUAGAAUUUCAAAUGUACAAGGAGACACAGUAAAUUUGUAAUCCAUUGAUUUCAUACUCAUACAGGACACUGUCUUGUCUGUU